AUGACAAAAGCCGACGAAGCUAGAAGCGUUCAAAGCACAAUUCUGGAAAAGUUAUCUCGUAUAGAAGACUACCUACAAAAGAUUAAUACGCAAAAUGACAAUAUCAGCCGUUUAAAAGCGCGUCGAAACAUUCUUGAAAGUCUCAGGACGAAUCAAAACAAUAAAGAAUGUCUUCUAAAUUUGCCGGCGUUAAACUUAAAAACAUUUUCAGAAAAACGGUUCAAAAACACUAGACUGAUCGUUCAGGAUCAUGUUAUGUCAAUUUUAAAUGCUCCGCUAUUACUCAAAUCUUCCCCGGCCGCACUUCGUGAAUUACUAGACAACGUCAUUACUAAUAUGGCUGCCUUAAAAACAUUAAAAAUUCCAGUAGAGUCUUGGGACGCGUUAAUAAUUCCGAUAAUCGCGGAAAAAUUAGAUUUUAAUUCAAAACGGGAAUGGCAAACGUCCUUAGAUACCAGAAUUCCUACUUACGAACAAUUUAUAACUUUCCUAGAAAAGCGUGUUACGGUUUUAGAAGCUCUAAACAGUUACGGAAAUUCGGGCAAUCAAAAUAAUGCUCAUCCAAAGAGCAAUCAAAUUACAAAACGCACUACAGCACAUUUAGCGACUACAAAACCAAAACGAAGCUCCUGUUCAUAUUGUAAGUCUAAUGAACAUAUGAUUCAUCAAUGCCCUGAGUUUAUUAAUCUAUCAGUACAAAGUAGACUUGAAAAGGUCAAGCUUAUAAAACUGUGCAUCAAUUGUUUGAGAAAUAAUCAUUUUGUCGAAAAUUGCAGAGUAACCACUAAAUGCCGCAAUUGUAAUAAAAAACAUCAUUCGUUACUCCACGUUGACGCCUCAAGUCAACAGGGCUACAGCGAUAAUCCGGGAUCAAUGUCGAAUUGUAUCACGAAAAAGGCGUGCAAGGAAUUAGGUUUACGGAGCUUUAAAGAAAAUUUUGAAAUUAAAGGCGUAAAUGGUACCACCAGCAACACGACUCAAGCGGUGUUCAUCAAUAUAAAGUCCCGUUAUAAUGCUUAUUCAGCCGGAAAUGUACAAUGCAUUGUCGUUGACAAAAUUACGGAAAGUUUGCCGCUGGUACCAUUAAACCCAGACGAUUUGGAAAUUCCGAAAGAUGUGCAAUUGGCGGACCCUCAUUUCUAUGAAAGCUCCAAGGUAGACGUACUAAUAGGCGGCGGGCUCUUCUGGUCAUUGUUAUGCGUAGGCCAAUUCUCUCUACCUACUGGAUUAGUGUUUCAAAAAACCCAUUUCGGUUUUAUUGCGGGCGGCCCGUACUGUAGUAAAUCUAAUGCACAUCCUGCAAUAAAUCGUCGUAAUACUUCCGCAAUAAAUACGGCUUAUUGUAAUCUGGCUGUAACCACUCAAGAUUCAAUGGAAGAACGAGUUGCUAAAUUUUUUGAAGUCGAGGGCAGUAGCACAGGUUUUCAUGAUAAGCAACCCCUAUCUGAUGAAGAGCUGAAAUGUGAAAAACAUUUCAAAACAACAACAAUACGCGAUACAAAGGGCCGUUUCAUAAUUAAACUCCCGACAAAGGGUAAUAACAUAAACGUGUGGGAGUCAAAAAAAUUAGCAAUGAAGCGUUUUUGUAGUCUCGAGAAAAAAUUUGCCAAGGACGAAAAUCUUAAGACGGCCUAUUCAAAAUGUAUGCAUGAAUACCUCGCGCUAGGGCAUAUGCAGUUGAUGUCGAAUAAUCCAAAGACUAACACAUUAUACUUACCUCAUCAUGCGGUACAUAAAGAGUCCAGCACCACCACCAAAUUAAGAGUCGUUUUUGACGCUUCCGGAACGACUGUUUUUUUUCUUUUUUUGGUGGAGGGGAAAUGUCUACGCAGACCACCGUAA